GACUUUGUGGAAUGGGAUGUUUAUUUACAUAUACGCACGUGGUGUUGUGGUUUGUUAAAAUUCGCCUAAUUUUUGUAAAUAUUUAUUACUAAGCCAUUUAAAAAUGGAUGAUAUUAUCGAUAAGGAAGAACUUGAUAAGGACACAGAUGAACCAACUAUUAUAGAACAACUUUUUCAACGUAAUUACAACUUGUUGACCCAAACAGCCGUAACAUUGAAGAAAUCUUACGUUAACAAAUUGGAUGGAACGAGUUCUCUAAAAAUAGCAGUUGGUGUAGCAGACAACAAUAGUGUUGAAGUGUUUGACCUAAAAAAGACAUCACUUUCCUUAAUCUGCCGGCUCAGUGGCCACGAGAAGUCCCUCACAGAAGUGGUAUUCAGUCAAAAUGAUGAUCAGUUGCUUUAUACCACAGGGCAUGAUGGACUUAUUAAACUGUGGGACUUGAGAGCUGGUGGCAGCUGUGCACAAGAAUACAAAGAUGAUGAUGAUGAACAGAUUGUGAAGCCAUUUGAGUGCGUGGACGUGUCAUGCAACGGCCGUGUGCUCUGUGCGGGCAGUCAACUAGUCCAGGAUGAUGCUUACCUUGUGUUCUGGGAUCAAAGGAAGCCCAAACCCCUUGGAGGUUACUGGAACUCGCAUACAGAUGACAUUACACAGAUCAAAUUUCACAAAGAAAAGACUGAAAUAAUAACAACAGGAGCCAUGGAUGGCUUGUUAAAUGUUUUCAACAUAUUGGAACAGACCGAAGAUGAGGCUUUGACAUUCUCACUGAACGUAGAGAACUCUAUUGAAAAAAUAAGCUGGCUUGACGCAACGCAGGUUGCAUGCACUACACAAUCAAAUGACUUCCAGAUAUGGAACUCGGAAACCGGAGAUAUGAUCAGGAGUUUCAGUAGAGAUAAGGUUGCUAAAAGCAUUAAGAGAAGCAAAGGAGAUGACUGCUAUUUGGUAGAUGCAUAUACAUCAGUUGAUGACACCCCUGUAUUGUUGGCAGGGUCACAUGGAGAAAAUGGUGAUGUCCUGAGGUCUGUUACUGUGGCAGGGAAGAAACUCCAGCCCUGCUCCAAUUUUACACAAAACAAGCAGACGGUCAGAUGCUGUUGGUACAAUAAAGAAAGGGACAUGCUGGUGACGGCUGGCGAAUCUGGCCUAGUGAGUGUGUGGAGCGCUACGGACGGAACUGGCCCAGAGACCGCCGUCAAUUCAAAGAUAACAGGCGCAAUUAAGAAUUUACGAGUCAACAGGCAUAAACCAUAUUAACACACGUUGUUGUUUUAUUCAUAUAUACCUGCUGUAUUUAGUACCUCAUACCAUGAAUUAUGAUUGAUAAAAAUAAAUUUCGAUCAACUAGCCUGAAUCAAACGGGCUUCACACUACCCAAUUUUAAGGGCCCGAUCGAAAGGGUGGGCGUGGCCCCUAGCCCCUCAGCUGUGUAAACAACGAUAUUAAAUACCCUAGAUA